AUGACUAGCAAAGACCCAACACGAAGAAUACGAUCACUGCACUCAAAAUCGCGCUCGGGAUGUGGAACGUGCAAGAUUCGACAUAAGAGAUGCGACGAAACCCAUCCUGCUUGUCUCAAUUGUACGAGCACAGGCAGAAAAUGUGAUGGUUAUGAGCAAGUCGUCGAUAAGAGGACGCGUGAAUGGCGCAGCGCCGAAUUCAGAGACUCUUUUCACAAUCAUACCAAUUUCACUCUACAAUUUCGAUAUGGCUCGAAGAUCCCACAAACAGUUACUACCGUUCCGCUUCCUUUGGCCACUCCCUACCAGAUCGAUCUUAAUUGGCACGAGCGAUGGCAUUUGGACUUUUACCAUCAUUGCAUAGCGGUCCGACUUUCGCAUUACUUUCAAAACUCAUACUGGUCCAGAUUAUACUUUCAAAUGUGCCAGAGUCAAUUUGCUCUCCGUCACGCUGCGAUUGCCAUGAGUGCAUGGCAUACCCAGCCAGACCGAGUCCUUAGGAGCCAUAAAGACGAUUCGAAGCCCAGUCUGUCUCUUCACCAUGCCUCCAAGGCCAUUUCUUCUCUACGAGAAAGCCUGACUAGAUCAACUUUCCAUUCGCAAAGCUCAAACCGCACCCACAAGCAGGUUGUGCUAGUCACGUGUUUGCUUUUCAUUAUUCUUGCUUUGUUCCAAGGAGACCUACAUUCUGCUCGUUGUCACCUUGCUUCUGGUUACAAACUUUUGAUAGAAUGGGACUUUCAGAAGGAGAAAGAUUCUAAUGUUUUGGUUCUGAGACAGGCAUUCGCCCAGCUCCAUGUUCACUGGUUUUUUUGCUCUCACUCUGAGUUAUUUUCCCAGGAUUACAAAGUACCCCAUAGCGAGCAUUGGAUACCCUCCAGUCCCACAGAGGCUCUAUCAAAAAUUACCACGCCUCGAUAUUCGGGAUUUGACCAGAUGGAUCGUGUUCAAGAAUUCUUCGCCCUUAUCGUAGGGUUGAUUCUGGAUUUUUCCGCCUCCGGAUUUAACAUUGAACCCGCAGGCUUCAUUGGCCGUGAUACAGCAGUUCUUUUGUCUAAGAUUCGGUUCUGCAGGAGUUGCCUUAUGGUGGUUCUUCUCGAACUCGAUGGUCUUAAGCCGGAAGAUUGCGAUACACUUCGAGUCUUUUCGUUGUGGAUUGAGAUCAUGGAGAUCAAGCUAGGUGUUGCUCAAAGUCUAAAACCAGACGAAAUGGUUUAUGAUGGCUACUUGGAGCAGUUCAAGCGUGUCACCAAGCUUAUGCAGACUAUAGCGAGUUCGAGAUCGGGCCCAAGCGACAUCUACUUUUCCCCAUUGGCUUACAGGUCCUCUGUUUUCCCCGCUCUAGUGUGGACUGCAGCGAAAUGCCGUGACUGGCAGAUUCGUCGGGAUAUCUUUUCCAUGAUGGACGAUCAAUCAGGAAGUGAUCACUGGGCAUCUGCAACAACUGUCGCCCUAAAGAGAAUGAUUGACACAGAGUCAAAUGGAGUAAAGCCAGGGGAGAACAUCCCUGAAGCUGCUCGGGCCUGUGUGAUCAACGUGAAAAUCUAUACUCCGGAAUCCAAAGUCGAGCUACGAUAUCGCAGACCGAAACAUUCGCCACACCUGAAACAUGGCAGUGGUGAAUGGGAAAGCGACAUAAUGAGUUACUAG